AUGGCCAACAGCUCAUCUUCUUCAGUUAACAAGCCCAUAUCCGAGACCUCGUCCAGAUGCCUGAACGAGUGCGUCACCGCCGCCCACAACUUCGAGGUGACUAGGUACUCGCUGCUUGAGGGUAUGGGUGCCGACAAGUUCAUUAGCUCGAGCGAUUUCAGCGUCGACGGCUAUGACUGGAACAUCAGGAUCUACCCUGGUGGGUGGAAGGAGGAGGACAACGCUCCCUACGUGUCUGCCUUCUUGAACAUGUGUAGUAAGCCAACAACGGGUGUCAAGGUGAAGUUCACUUUGAGUUUGCUGGAGAAAGAUGGAAAAGUUAGUAAUCUAAAGAGCGAGACACAUACCUUUCAGUCGAAUUACUGGGGCUGGCCCAAGUAUAUUGAGAAGUCCAAGCUGAAGGAACUGCUAUCCCGCAAUGACGACUGCAUCACAAUCAGGUGUGUUUUGACCGUCAUCAAAGAGCCUCGCACGGAAGAUAGCACAACUGUAGUCUCGGUCCCGCAGUCAGACCUCCAAACACACUUCACAAACAUGUUGAAGGAUGGAGAAGGCGUCGAUGUGAAAUUCAAUGUCGGUGGCCAACUGUUCAGCGCGCAUAGAUGCGUGCUAGCCGCGCGAUCCUUGGUGUUCAAGGCCGAGCUCUUUGGUCAGAUGAAGGAGACCACCAAGAGACGCAUCAAGAUAGGUGACAUGGAGCCCAUCAUCUUUGAGGCACUUCUUCACUUCAUAUACACAGAUUCAUGGCCUAGUAACUGCGAUCUGGAUCAGAAUGUGGAAUUGCAGCACUUGUUGGUUGCCGCAGAUCGGUAUGGACUAGAGAGGCUAAAGGUCAUUUGUGAAGGGAAGCUAUGCCAGAAAAUUGACGUGCAAACAGUGGCAACCACCCUUGCUUUAGCGGAGCAGCACCACGCCGCGCAGCUCAAGAAUGCUUGUCUCAGAUACCUUUCUUCACAGGACGUGCUUCGAGCUGUCAAGGAGACUGAUGGAUUCAAGCACAUCAUAGCAAGCUGCCCAUGGAUUAUGAUGGACAUCUUAGAGAAGGUUGCGCCACCGUCAGGAGUAUGA